AUGUCCCUGCUGCCGACGACGAGCACCUUUGACUAUGACGGGUCCGCCCGGUCCGGCAUCAGUCGGGUGCUGCACAACCUCGCCCGCUUCCCCUCUCAGAUGCCCGACUUUGAGCUCGCGACGUGGCAACUCUUCAACCUCUGCGUCGCCCCUCGCAAGGUGUACCGCCAGGUCUAUUACCACAAGCAGACCAAAAACACAUGGGCUCGCGAUGACCCGGCCGUCCUCAUGAUCCUCACCUCAACACUAUGCCUGGCGGGCAUACUGUGGGGCUUCGACUACUCGCUCGGCCCCCUCGGCACCUUGCGCACCGUUUUGGUCAUGGUCCUGCGCGACUGCCUGCUGCUCGGCAUCGUCUCGGCCACGGCGCUGUGGUUCAUCUCCAACUCGCUGCUUCAGGCGCCCGCGUCGAUCCACACGACCGACCAGCGCGUCGAGUGGGCCUACGCCCUCGACGUCCACACCAACGGCUUCUUCCCCGCCAUGCUCGAGCUCUACUUUGUCCAGCUCCUGUUCAAACCCGUCCUGGUCAGGCACAACUGGAUCUGCCUCUUGCUCGGAAACGGCCUUUACCUCGUCGCCUUCGGCCAGUAUUGGUACGUCACCUACCUUGGCUACAAUGCGCUCCCCUUUCUGCAACGCACCGAGCUCCUCCUUUUCCCCGUCCUCGUCCUCGUCGCCUUCUUCAUGGUCUCGCUGCUGGGCUUCAACUGUCCGCGCCACUUUCUCUCGCUCUACUUCGGAUCAAUAUGA